CCUAUGGAUUUUCAAAAAUAUCAAUUAUAUCAACUGAUGGAUAUCAAUAUCUUCACUCAUUCACUGUGCUCACUCAUGAAGAUGUCAAUAUUCACUCAUGGAUAUAAACGGUAUUUUUCAAAACCAUAGGAUAUUCCUAGCCUGAUGUGGCACAAAUAUCAAAGCCUAAUGUCAACUACUAAAUGGAUCAAUUCGACCAUGGGCUUUCAAUAGAUCUCUUGAAAGCCCAUGAUUCGACGAAAAUACUACAAAUAUCGAAACCGACACGUCCGUCCGCCAUCUUGAAUGUGAAGGCCUUAUAAAGUGCGGGUGACUCGUUCGCUUUGACUCAAGGUUAGCUGUGUGUUAUCUUGAUAAGACCUCAUACUAAAGUACAAACAGCUGUUUUCUGGGUACAAAAAAAUAAUGUAAUUUACUUUCAUCAAUCUACGGUUUUAGCAAAUUGAAAAUAUACGAUUAAAAAGAGAAAAUAAUGAAUCACUUUUUCUUACUAUUUCUCCUUUUAUGGACAACGACAGAUGCUCAGAUGACUAGAAGACUUGAGGGGUACAAUAUAGACCGGAAUCAGAUAUCUGUGGCUGGGCUCAGUUCAGGAGCAGCUUUCGCCCAUCAGAUGCAUGUGAUUCACUCAGCAACAUUUAUCGGAGCGGGCAUAUUUGCUGGCAUGCCCUACAACUGUGCGGAGAACCACGACCAAUUCGACUGUGGACUUAACCCCGAGAACAUCAACAUACAGGGCCUCAUCGAGGACACACUCAGAUUCGCCUCUGAAGGCAAUAUAGACCCAGUCUCAAACCUUCGCGGAUCCAAAAUAUUCCUCCUCCAUGGUACUGAGGACUUUGUAGUCAAUAUAGGUUCAACAAGACAUAUUCAAAGAUAUUAUGAGAACUUUGGAUCACAAGUUGCUUCAGAAUACGGUCUUCAGGUUGGACACGCACACCCCACGUUGAACUAUGGUUGGGAAUGCUCAGAAGGCUUUACACUCCCUCCAAACAUCAAUAAUUGCAGCUAUGAUGGUGCGUUUCACAUCUUCAACUCCAUCUAUGACAACAUAGUCAACCACAAUGGCUCUGUUGGCCUCAAUGGACAGUUUUUCGAAUUCGACCAGAGUGAGUUCAAGACUUCAGAGGAUGACUCCCUCGAUGAUGUUGGAUAUAUGUACGUACCAUCUGGAUGUGUGGAACGUUCGACAGCGUGUAAGCUUCAUAUCUACUUCCACGGAUGCGCAAAUGGACGAAUUUUUCUUGAUGAUGAGAUAGCCCGGAAUUCUGGAUUUAAUGAACUCGCAGAGCUAAAUAAUAUUAUUGUGAUGUACCCCCAAAAUGAAGGACAGCUCAUCGCUUGUUGGGAUACAAAUGGCUAUGAGGGAGAUGGACUUGGUUGGCAAACAAAAGAUGGCAUACAGGUACAGGCGAUAAAACGUAUGGUGGAUAGGGUGACAAGAAUACAAACAUAAAAUUGUUUCAGUGUAGAUGCGCAUGGAUUGUUUUACAAAGAAACAGAAUGCCACAAUAAUGAAUAUGUUUUGUUUAAUCACAAUUGGGGUGAUUGCUAUAGAGUGUAAAGUAGUACGGGAAAGCAAAGAUGGUUUUCCUAAUUCUACCAGUAUUGAUCCAGAGACAAAGCCGUGUGAGAUCACGCGU